AUGUCUGAAGAGCUACUUUCCAUGUUCUUUGAUGAUGAAUUCGUUCCACAUGCUUAUCUUGAUGCUUUCUUUACAAAUGGUUCAAAAUCAAUAAAUUUGAAAAAUCAAUCAACAAUUAAUCAAUUACAAAAUAAUUCAUCAUUAUUAUUAUCAAAUUUAGAUUUUUUAACGAAUGAGUUAACAAAUGAUCUUGAAUCUAAAAUUAAUAAAUUAUAUAAUUCAAAUUCAAUUGUUUCUUAUUCCUAUCAAAAUUUAAAUAAUAAUAAUACUAAUAAUGAUAAUUCAUCAAAAUUAAAACCAACUUCAAGAUUAGAAUAUUAUAUUGAUUCAUUAAUUAUAUCAAUUCAAUCAUUAAAAGAAAUAAUAGAGACAACUUCAAAUAAAAUCAAUGAUAUUAAAGGUGGAACCCCAUCAGAUUCAGAAGAAAAUCAAACUUUAACCUCAACAAAUACAUCUACAGUGCAAAAACUCAUUAAUUUAUCAACUGCAAAAGUAAAUCUAUUACAAGUAUUGAAAAAUUUCGAAUUAUUAAAAUCAAUAAUUGAUAUUUCUAAAAAUAAUUCAUCAAAUCAAAAUGAUAUUUCUAAAAUAACAGCACCAACUUCAACAAGUUCUAUGAAAAAUUCACAAAAUAUUGAUAAUAUAACAACAACCCCAUUAGAAUUUCAAAAUUCUUUAAAUUCUUUAAGUGAUACAAUAAUUGAACAAUUUAAUUUAAAAAUUUCUAAAGAAGAUAAUCAUACAAUAGAUUUUGAAUUUUUGAAAAAAAUAAAUAAUUUUAUAAAUUUAUUACCAAUUUUUAAAAAUUUAAAUGGAUUUUAUAAUAUUUAUAAUGAUUUCAUUAAAAAAGUUAAUAAAUCAAAGCAAAAUUAUUUGAAUACAAAAGAUUCUGAAUAUUUUGAAAAUUUUGAUGAUUUAUUCAAUGAAGUUUUAAACUGA